AUGCUUAUAGCAGUGAGAAACUGUCCGAGGAUAUCUCUCAACUGCCCGGGAGCCGACAAAUUGAAACAUUGCCUCAACUGGCUGCGCAAUCAGAACCGACUUCAGUAUAUCGCCGAGUCCCAACAGUUACAAAGAUUCGAGCUCAAGUUCCCGAUGUAUCAUGAGAAUGUUGAGGUGUCCAGUUUCCUCCGUUCUUGCAAGAUUCUCUUAGGUUUCGGCGAGCGGGCCUCGGGCCACGGGGGACUCAGCAGAUUUAUAGGUCUUAUCGAUCCGGCACCGAGUCUCAGCAGGUUCAGCGAUCCGGCUUCAUUGGACCCGGAGACUCAGCAGGCAUGUCUCGACGAUCGGCUGAAUGAGGAUCUGAUGUUGAUCUGGUCUUCGCGAGGGUCGACGAGAAAACGGAAAUUGACCAGAUUUCCUCGGCCUUGGUCUUGGCACAUGGAGCUUGCAGGCCUUUCUGUUUAUUGGCAUUGGAGACGGAGGGAGCAUGUACCGACGGUGCGGCCCAUCCCGCUACACUUCAGUUGCCUCUGUUAUGACGCCUCCGUCAUGUAG